CAUUAAUAUCUUCCAGGACGAAGCGCGACUUGGCUCAUUUCCCGCAUUUAUGGUGCAGAACUUAGAGCGUCGCCCGGCAUAGCCCCCAGAACUCAAGCCCGGUCGCCCCCACAAAGUCCGCGCGGUUCCCUAGACAUUUCAAACAUGCGCGACGACAACACCCUUCGCCUACGGCUGGUCGUCCGGCGACACGCCCUGCCCGAGGUUCGGAUAGUUUUCGCAGUGCAGUUAGACGCCGACCCGACUAUCGCCCAUCUACUAGAGCAAAUUAACGAAAUCAUCCCCCUCGAGAGCAAUGACUGGGGCCUCGAAGAUUACGCUGUUGAGCUCCGCGAUUCCAGCGGCCACAGUUUCGACUGCCUCCACUUUCAGCGGGUUUCCGUCAUUCUAAAAAACGACGAGGAAGUCUUCAUUCGAUCACUAGACACCGGAGACAGGCGGAAACGUCGGUUGGCUGGUCGAGACCAGAUCUCGGCGGACGGCAAACAUCUCAUUGACGGCAUAGCCUUUGGCCGCCCGCGCCUCAAGACUCCGAGAGACCGGCCCACCGUCGACAUUCCACCUCUUAAACGCCGAAGAAUCACCUACGAAGAUGAAGAAGGCGAAACUGCAGAACCCAGGUUGCUCCUUACCGAGCAUGGCGAAAAUGGAACAGCUAGCCGGCGAGGUCAUCUCCAUGUCAGGUUCAACGAAUUACAAGGCGACGGGUCAAACGGGGACGAAGAAGACGAGGACGAGGACGAUGAUUUCCUAGACGACGAGACCGAUGAGGAGGGAGAUUUGGGCGCAGAGGAUAAUAUUGGCGACUCUGAUUUGGAGAAUGAGCUUCGGGAUCUACAAGCGGAUAACGAGCAACCACAUGGCGAGAAUCCCGAAACGGGUAAAUUUCCGAAUAAGACGAGACACUCCCACCCUUUCGCCCCAGAACCGGCAGCAGGACUCGAUCUACAGACACUUGACAAGAUAUCAGCACUUCGAGCUGACUUCCCAACCGCUCGAUUCGAGUCUUGCGAGAGGGCUUUAUCUCAACAUGGGGGUGACCUGGAAUCAGCAGCCAACAGGCUAGAAACUCGGCAUCAAUCGCAUAGGUUGGGGGGUGCCAUGCCCACCACCGCUUCCACCCAGAUUCCCUCUACGUCCAAAGGCAUUACCGCAGACGAUUCACCCGAUGACAGCGAGGCAGAAUCGGUGGCUUCGAUGGUCAAGCACUACGACCAACACGGGUUCCCCGGUGGUUCCAUCCUUGCAGGUACCGCCUCGGCCCAAAUGGUCGAGGCUAUGCGAAAAUCUGGUCACGCCGUGAAGGUCCCAGUGCACACGAAGUUUGACGACGAAGCUCGCCCCAGUCAAACAUCAUCCCGCGCCUCCCGCGAAGGGGGAGGAAUCGCGGACGACAACCAGGAUGAGAGCGAGGGCGACAGCGAGAGCGACAGUGAGGACGACAGCGAGAGUGGCAGCGAGAGCGGUAGUGAGAGUGAGAGCGACAGUGGUCCCGAAGUUGCAUCCUCGAGGGCACCCAAAGGGUUAAUGGGCGCAAACGACCCGGCUCACCGGAAGUCGCCUGUGCCAGGUGACGACAACGAUAGCGAGAGCGAGAGUGAGGCGCAGGGGAGUGAUAGUGAUGACAGCAGCGCCGACAGUGAUGACAGCGACGAUAGCGGCAGUGAUAACAGCGCCGACAGCGAUGAUAGUGGUAGUGAUCGCAGCGCCAGUAGCGACGACAGCGGCAGUGACAGCGACGGCGCCAACUACAAUCCUGCCAACAACCCCGACCCUGAUCCUGCGAGCAGCAGCGAGAGCGAUUACUCGGGCUCGGACUCUUCCAGCGAUGAUGACUCCUUUGACAGCGCCGCGGAUGGCAAGACAAGAUCUCGCACGGCACCGCAUCAGGCCAUCGCCAACAUGCAAUCAUCUACCUUGGAAGACGCCUUUAUCGAGACACCGCAGUCCAGCAAAGCACGCUCAGGAGAGAAAGCAGUCUCUUCGGCAACCCAAAAGCCAGUGCCGCCGGGGCAAGGGACAAACGCAACUCAGAAACGGAAUGCGCGGAGGAGAGCUGCUCGUGCUGCGCAGAACGCCGCCGCCGAGGGUGCGUUGCCAUCGUGUCCCACGGAGUUCGAAGCCGUGCCCGCACCAGGCUCGCAAAAUCUCGAUGGGCCAGUCGCCGCGAAGAAGGCAGCACUGCUUCGGAGACUCGGUAUGGUGCAAGAAAAGUCAACCAAGAACUCCCCACAGCCGCUCGCCGCCGAAACCUCGACUGUGGAGCAACCGGCUAGUGAUAAUCCAAAGCGAACGUUCCAAAAUCAACACGCAGUUCGACAGUCGGAAGACGAACUCCCAGUGCAAGAUCGACCGGACGCAUGGCGAGACCGGAUCAUUUACCGCGCGGUGGAGUGUUGCCAGGACGGAGUCGAGUUGAGCGAACCACCAUUUCCGUUCAUCCAACGAUGGGACCCCCAACAGCAGUAUUUCCACGGGGAUAAGAACAAGCGGGGCGGUCGGUCGAAAAGGAAACAACGGGACCAGGAAGACUUCCGUGAUGAGGAUAGCCAGUCCAACAUAAAAAGAAGGCGUGGAAGGGACUCAUCGGCAUAUGAUACUGGCCACGGCGAUGGCGAGUCAUACGCUACUUACGGUGAUACGACUAGCUUUGACGACGUGGUCCUCAACUAUGACGAUGAACAACUCGAACAGCCCCAAGAACCGGUGGGAGAACAAGCACCGUCCCCAGAGGCCGACGACGAGGACAUGCCGCCCCUUCCUGAGGAUCUUUCAACGCUACCAAUCCUCAACGCCGGCGAGGCUCUCGCAGGGAUGGUUGUGACAUGGAAACAAUGGCUCCUCUCCAAAGCCACCAACUGGCAGCCUCAAGUAUCCUCCCUCACCGGCAUCGUGGUGAAUGUUCUGGACAGCAACACGCUGGAAGUCCGACUUGCGAAGCGCGACCGAAAUCUUGAUCACAACGAAAAGGUCUAUGAUGACGACGGGAACCGAGUGUAUGACAAGUUCGAACUGCCUGACAUGGAUGAUGAGGGUGACGCCGCCGCUGAACAAGGAUACCGGACCUUGGAUAUUGCGGAUAUGAUUGAGCCACGCAUUCUCCCGUCCACGCCCGAAGCAGUCGUCACCACGUCCCCCCUCAACCAGCUACCUAAUUCCGAGCGAACUUUUGAAGCUCGUGAUGCGGUCCAAGUCACCAACCUCGAGGCCCCCGAAGUAUCCGCGACUUCCGAAGAAGCGGAAGCGGAGAGGAACGGGAUCCAUGCUGGACAGGCGGGCAUCACCGCCCAAUGUGAUGCCGGUCAGAGUAUGGUAUCCGAGACUCCAGUUCUUCAGGAACCUAUCGUCACUUCUAUUCCAGAGGACCGUCGGCACGAAAUCAGCCUCAUGAUUAACGAUGCUGGUUUUCGGAAGGAUGUGGAUCCCACUGUCACCGACAUCACGAAUAACGCGGGUUUGGAUUUAAGUAGCCCAUCACACCAGCUGGAAGAAAUGGUUCAUGACGCAGCUCUCAUCGCGUCCGAGGUCUCGGAGGUACAUGGCCGUGCCAGUCCUCAACUCCCCUCCCAGUUGACAUCAAAUAACUCCGAUUCCCAGCCAGUCCGACUUCAGCCGUUCUAUGGCUUCUCAGAUCCCACCCCGGAGCCCCCCGACGGAAGACAGGUUGCAUAUCCUACACUAAACAUCCCCCCUUCGGAAACAGGCAGCCUUCACAGCGGGAGGCAGUUAGAUCCCGACUUCAGUAUCGACUUGGGCCACGACUCGCUCCAAGAUCUUGACGGUCCCGCUACAUUGUCCCGUUCAACAAUAGGCCGCACGGAUGACGAACAGAACAUGACGAGGGAGGAGGCAGAGCAUGACGACGGAAAUACUUCGGACGCGGACUUAUCUGACUCCUCCGUCCCGUCUCUAAGCGACAUGUGGACAUCCGCCUCGACCAUCGGGUCCAAUGCGCCCACCAAACACGCCGUCAUGUCCACCCCAAUGGCCCGGAAGCCCAGUGUUGCGCGAGAGUUUGAGUAUGAGGAUAAUUCCGAGCCCUCCGAAAACAACACUGCGGACGCUCCGUCUAAACUUGCCAAGAGGCUGGUCGAGAAACCCAUCGAAAAGCCGACACCGAAAAAGGGGAACCAGAAGCAGAAACCAUCGAAGGCGUCCCCCGGCCCGCGCAUCAAGCACGAAUAUGCGCCACUCAGCCCCGACCACUUCGCUCGUGCCAACUCCAGUAUGACCGGAGGUGCGAGCAGCUUGCCGUUCGCUGUCCCCCAGGGAUCUCAGGUUGUGUCGCUCCUCACUAGCAGCCCGGAGCCCGAGAUUGAAGAGCAUUACGCCGAGGACAGCAUCGAUGAGACGUACAAGGAGACCAGCAUGCCCAGGGGCUCGGGUUGGGUUAAGAAGCCGCGCGCUCGCCGUGGUGUGAGCGUGCCGCCAGCAUCCGCGCCAGCGCAAGACACGGCGCCCAAGAGGUUUACGUCUUCGCAGUCGAAACAAAAUACGGAUAAGCGGACAACUGCAGCGUUGAGUUCUCUGUUGCGGGCGAAGAAGAAGGUCUUAUCGGGUAUGGUUUAGGGUUGAGAAAUUGUACUUUAUCCCGUUGUAAUUAUAAUGAGGCCGCCUUUUUGGACCGUAGGCGACGGGCCCUGCCGACCGUACCACGUGACUACCACCAUAUAUAACCCCAACCCUGCGA